GCGCUUAUCUCUGACUUCACAUCCGUCUAUCUUGUUAUGGUACGGGACGCCCAGUGGAAACACCUACUACCUGUCCGGACACUUUCUGUGUUUAAAUCUGAUCUAAACUCCAAAUCAAGCAGUUACCUGGGGUGGAGAUGGAAAUAUCCAUGGAGGCGGAAGAUGGAGAGCGCAGAUGGGAACACUGGAAACUUCUGUCUAAUCUUAAGACGACUGUUGAAGGGCUGCUGUCGACCAACAACCCUAAUGUUUGGUCCCGCUAUGGGGGUCUUCAGCGCCUGCAUAAGGACAUGAACAACAUCCUGGGCCAUGGUCUCAAACACGAACAGAUUUACUAUAAACAGAAAGACUAUUGGCGUUUCGUGUGGUGUGUGCGGUAUCUCUGUCCUCAUCUAGCUCGUCAUGUAGAACAGUUCAGUCAGUUGGAGCCAGUGUUGAGCAGUGGCGUUCAGUGCAUCGGCGAGGGUUAUAAAGCCGAGCGUUGGCUUUUACACAGUCUCCAAGGUCACAUCUUAUCUGCCCAGCUCAAACCACUGCUGCAACAUAAGGCAAACACACAGAAAUAUUACAAUGAUGGGGCCUUCCUGUUGAGUGAACCACACGUGUCUGCCAUGUUCCAGUGUCUGGAGGCUGUGGAGCAGAAUAACCCUCGGCUGCUGGCUCUCAUAGACACCGUCAGGCUUUCACAUUUGAAAGAGUCUCCGUUGGGCUUGCUGAAAAGUCAGAGUUUGUGUUUGCUGCCUGGGGCCGCAGGUAGCUGGAGGCCAGCGGACAGCUCUCAGUCCCAGAGGCUCACCACCUCCCAGAGCUGCCUUACAGAGAUUCCCAACACCCCCCUCUCCAAGAGCAGCUCAGAUGUUGCUCCAUCCAGCAGUACUCAGGGUGCUCCAUGGGUGUGUGGUACAGGAAAUCAGGACGCAGGAAUCCCCCAAAUCUCCUUUACUGAGCCUGCCUCACCCGCUCCGCCUGAGAUCCGGGAUUGUGUGGAAGCGGAUCUGGAUGACGGCCCUGAAUAUCUGGCUAUCGGUAAUCUGGGGAAUCACAAACGCAGCGACUCGUCCAGCUCCUCUCAGAGCAGUGAACACAUGGGGACUCAGGGUGAUGCCCAAACUCCUUUGGCCCCGCCCCCACCACGCCGCUGCUCUUUCUCAGAGGCUCCGAGGACUACAGGGCGGAGCUCAAGGGGACACAUCCGGUCUCUGUCCGACACGGGCGUUGCGCAGAAACAGAAAAAUGAAUCUGUUGCGGCUACUCCAUGUUCGAAGAGCUGUGGCCCUUUCUCACCCCAGAGCAGCGACAGCAGCACCCACAGUUCACUUUAUAUGGAGUCUAACAGCAGCCAGUACAACAGCGUCCCGGAUGGAUUGUUCCGCAGACCGUCCGAGGGUCAGAGUCUGAUCAGCUACCUCUCCGAGCAGGACUUCGGCAGCUGUGCUGAUCUGGAAAAGGAAAACGCCCACUUCAGCAUCUCUGAGUCCCUGAUAGCAGCCAUCGAGCUGAUGAAGUGUAACAUGCGCAGGCGGGCAGAUGAGGCUGAGGAAGAUGGCGACAGUGACUCAGAAAUCCAGCAGCUCAAACAGAAAAUCCGCCUGCGCAGACUGCAGAUACGGCGAACGCGGCUGAAGCCACCGGUUUCCUCUAAUAAUCAGGUUCCAUCUGUUGAUAGUGGGGGCUCACGGAGGAGCUCCCAGGAUUCCUUUCACGCCUCUGACUCUGGCUCGGAUAGAGAAGUAGAGGACAUUGAGCUCCGAGAUGGCAGUGAUGGUCAGUCCCUCCUGGCGGUGUCUCAGAGUGGCCUGUCCCUGUCACUUGCGUCCCUCUUCUCAGAUGCAGACAUCAAACGCAGUGCUUCCAGCAGCAGAUCCUUCCUCAGCUCAGACUCCAUCUCUCCAUCCAUGCUACAGUCCAAUUCGGCAGAGUCCGUGGCUAUGGGUCUCCUCAGGCAGUUUGAAGGCAUGCAGCUGCCCGCCGCCUCGGAGCUCGACUGGCUGGUUCCAGAGCAUGAUGCCCCUCAAAAACUUCUUCCAAUGCCAGAUUCUCUUCCCAUUUCACCGGAUGAUGGUGAACACGCAGACAUUUACAAAUUACGCAUCCGUGUCCGAGGAAACUUGGAGUGGGCUCCUCCUAGACCACAGAUCAUCUUCAACAUUCACCCUCCUCCAAAGAGGAAAGUGGUGGUAGCAAAACAGAACUAUCGCUGUGCUGGCUGCGGCAUUCGCAUCGAUCCAGACUAUAUAAAGAGGCUGAGGUACUGUGAGUAUCUGGGCAGGUACUUUUGCCAGUGCUGUCAUGAAAACGCACAGGCCGUAGUACCAGGAAAGAUCCUUAGGAAGUGGGACUUCAGUAAAAGCUACGUCAGCAACUUUUCCCGGGACUUGCUGGCCAAGAUCUCAGGAGACCCGCUCUUCAACCCAAACGACAUCAACAGCGGCCUUUACAAGAAGGUCAAAGCCCUGGAGACAGUGCGUGCAUUGAGGGAACAGUUAAACCACAUGAAGAAUCUCUUAAAAACUUGUCGUUUGGCUAAGGAGAUGCUGGAUCAGUUUGACACACUUCCUGGACAUCUGACUGAAGACUUUCACCUCUUCUCUCUCAACGACCUCACUGCUGUACGUAGCGGCAGUCUUGCCCCAAAGCUACGUGAUCUGCUCCGGCUCGGCUCCAGCCAUGUUACAGACUGCAUGCUCUGCCAGGCCAAGGGCUUCAUUUGCGAGUUCUGUGGAAAUGACAAAGACAUUAUCUUCCCCUACGAGCUCAGCAAGUGCCUGCGUUGUGAUGAUUGUCGUGCGUGCUAUCAUAAGACCUGCUUUAAGGCCGGGAAAGAGUGUCCUCGCUGUCUGAGACUUGCCGAGAGGAGAGAGCGGAUGGCUCGUAAGAACAUGGAGGAGCUGGAGGACAGAGAGGAGGACGAGGCGAGUGGGACCUAGCACAUAAUAUGAGUAAGAUUUCAUGAGAGCACAACAGAACAAUGAAUGUAGAGACUGAUAUUCAGCAGAACUUUUCUUGAUUCCCAUCCCAGUCCUGCUGAGUGCAGCAUAAUUAAUCAUUAAAGCUACAAAGAGUUUUAUGUGCAAACAAUAAGCUUCUACUUUUAAGGAUUGCUGCCGUCAGCUAGAAAAUUGUACUGCUUUUAUGAUCUGCUGCUUUUGUUUGCUUCUUGCCUCCGUCCUUAAAAAUCAAAUUCGUUUUAAUCAACAGGGUGUCGAGUCCUGUGUCAUAAACUUUUAGGUGUAUGAAAUAACAGUCUUGAUGUUUUUCUAUGUGUCCACGUUUUGUUGGUUAUAUUUAUUCAUGUAUUCUGUGUGUGCCUCAUUAAUGGCUGUUCAUUUGUAACGAUGAGAGACGGAGAAAGGCAGCUGAACUCUAGCAAGUCUUGCACAACCUUUGUUUUCUGAGAGGUUUCUAGAAGUGGCUCAAACUUAAUGUGUUGAAGAUCAUAGCUCUUAAGACAAUAGGCCUUGAGUGAAAUGACAGCGAAAUUAAUUUCUGUUAUUGUAAAGAUCAAUUAAUUUUAAUACAACAAUGGACCUCAUUCAAGUGAAAAUUUUUUUGAAAACAUCUGGAAUCGACUGAAUGUAUUGAACUGAAUACAACAAUUUGGCCGAUUUGUUCGUAAAACCAUUUCUACAUAAAUGUUAGUUUUGCAAACAUUUUAGCCAGAAACCAUUCUUGCGUUGUUUUGGUUUCAAGAAUAUUUUAGCCAGGAAGUCCCCCCCCCCCCCCCAGAGAAUUUAUACAAACUAUACUUGCUUAAAUUCUUUUUUUUUUUUUUUUUUGCUCAUUGGUUAUAAUCCCUUCUGAACUUUUGGUUAUAUGAAAGGUUUACACAGAAGUUUGUUGUGCUCUUUUGUAAAACCAUUUUUUUGGGUGAAUUUGGUCAAAUUGUACUGAAUGCAGCUAUUUGUUUAAGAAUGGUUUUAUGCACAAUUUUGCACAGAAGUUCGAUUUCCCUGCACCUAAAAUCAUUCCUCCAUUUCGUGAGGGAUUUAGGCAGGAAUUUAUUUUUUUUUUGCUCAUUCACAAAACCUUUCCUGUGAAAGUUUUUUUUUUGGUUUCGCCAAAUAUUUUAGCCAGAAUUUUUUUCUGCUCGCAUGUAUAGUCUUUCUUGCAUAUUUUUUUUUUUUAAAGAAUUUAUACAAAUUUGUUCUGCUUGUUAGAAAAAUCCAGACAUAAAUUUCUUUUUCUCUGUAAUUAAGAUCACAUUCUUCUAAAAUCCCUUGGGUUUUAUGAACGAUUUACUCGGAUGUUUCUUGUGCUCUUGUAAAACUGAAUGCGUCAACUUGUGAGAAAGCUUUUGCAGACUAUUUCAACUGAAUUUUUUUUUCUGCUCAUGUUUCACAAAUGAGGCCCAAUGCUGGUCUUUCAUUUAAAUUAAAGGCCUUUUUGCUUUAACAUUUUGCACCUACCAAAAAUGGCACUUUGUAUGAUUUCCUGUUCUUAGAUAGACAAAUCAUGUCUCGUUGGUUCUUUAAUUUGCACUAGUUUGAUGUUUGUUUGAAAAAGAACUGUAUUAAUGUUUGAACUGGAACAUCAUUCCAACAUCUCACAUUCAGUCCAAAAUCUAAAAUGGUCUUAAACAGUGGUUGUCCAGUGAAGUUGCUCAUGCAAAAAGACAGUUGUACCAAAGUGUUAUUUGAUUAAAAGAGUUUAUUACAUUGGUAAGUUAUAUUAGAAUUCACUACAUCAUACUGGACCUAAGUUAGUUUGAGUAGAUAAUGGAGUAUGUAAAUGUAUCUAAAAGAAAAUAUAUUCAAGACGCCAUUUGUUUGCUGCUCUGAGUAUAUCUGAAGCAAUAACAACCUUGUACUUUGCCACAAGCAUUUAAUAACUUGAAUGCACUGACCUUAAGUUUAUUAGAUUGAAUGAAUGAACAAACUUGCUUUUGUAAGGUGGCUUAUGAGCUAUAAUAUUAUGUUUAUAACUUUUACAUUUGAUCCUGCUGAUGAUGUGUUCACUUGAGCUUACUGUUGUAAAAUUACUGAAUUGCCUUUCUUAUUCAGGGGCCUUCGAUGCACUAUUUGAGAAAGUGUACAUAUAUAAUUUCUUAUUGUUAUAAAUUCAUAACUGACAAUUAAAGAUGUUUAGACUGUC